CACCUCAACCCCCGGUGUCCCCUCCAUUAGAUACUCCGCUCAUCCAUUCUUUCUCUGGAUUCUGGAAGACGCAGUGACCAUUGGCCAGCUGCCAUGAAGACUGCCCUGGUCCUGCUGCUGCUCAUCUCUCUGGCCUGCCACAGUGCUCUCUCCUGUUCUGUCUGUAAAGGCCACACCCUCAAAUGUCACACGUGCGUGGCGUCCAAUGAUGACGACUGUAAUCGACAGGGCUCCACCUCCUGCCCUCAGUACGCUGACGCCUGCUCCACCAUCACAGGACCCAGCACCGUGAUGAAGUCGUGCACGUACAAGGCUUUCUGCGACAAGGCUCAUGGCGUCAGCUCCGGAGCAAAGAUGGACUGCUGUUUUGGCGACGACUGUAAUGGGCCCCACCGGAGCCACAGCCAUGGGGAUCACCAUCGCAACGGCGCAGGGGCUGUGGCCUCCAGCCCUGUCCUGCUGAUCACGGCCCUGCUGCUGCGUGUGGCCGUCAGUCAGCUGUAAACACCUCCACUUUUCUUUCCUCCAGGAAUUCAUUCAUCCUCAUUUGCUGGGUUGUCAUCCAUCCACCUUCUCCUCUUUGUCACUCUGUACCCCUCAGAGAUUUUCAAUCCAAGUUUACGAAAAGGAUUUAAGUGGCAUAGAUUUCCCGUGGUUUAAGACAACAACAAAAAAUUGGUUUCUGAUGACUGUUGGUGAAGUGAAGGAUGUCUGUCCCAUAAAUACAAGUUUCAGCACUUUAAUUGUGUCAUUUUUAUUAUUAUUAUCAAUUAUCAUCAAGAACUUGAAUAGCAACCUCAUUAUCUAUCGAUUAUCUAUAGUGGUAUGUUCACUUUCAGGUGAUUUCAAGUUUUAAGAGUGUUUGUGGUGAAUACGUGUGCGCAAAGUGAAGUAGACUUAGCCAUGGUUUUUAUUAAAGCAGGUGUGGUUUCGGUAGGUGCUAGGGUGCCUCAGUGGGUAGCUGGUGUGCAGCUCACUUGAUGCCAUAGAACCACAUUAUUCACUUGGGUUGUUAAAAUGGUUACCAGAAAGUAAAGUAUUUAACAUAUAACAUCACAAUCUUCAUGAAUUGUUUAAAUAUGUUAAUGAUGUGUUUAGUGCUUAAUUUUUGUGUGCAUGCAAGCUUGUCUGAUAAAAGACACAAUCACACCCUUA